CAGGGGUGUGUCCGUGUCCGCGGCGAGCGGGAAGUGCGCAGGCGCACGGGCUCGGCGCGCGCAGGCGCGACUAGGGUGCAGCGCCAGGUCCGGAGUUGGGGUGUCCGAGCUGCGGCCGGAGAGGAGUGGCCUCGCCCGCUUGAGUUUUGAUUCAUCAUGGAUAAUCUGUCAUCAGAAGAAAUUCAACAGAGAGGUCACCAGAUUACUGAUGAGUCUCUGGAAAGUACGAGGAGAAUCCUGGGUUUAGCCAUUGAGUCUCAGGAUGCAGGAAUCAAGACCAUCACUAUGCUGGAUGAACAAAAGGAACAACUAAACCGCAUAGAAGAAGGCUUGGACCAAAUAAAUAAAGACAUGAGAGAGACAGAGAAGACUUUAACAGAACUCAACAAAUGCUGUGGCCUUUGUGUCUGCCCAUGUAAUAGAACAAAGAACUUUGAGUCUGGCAAGGCUUAUAAGACAACAUGGGGAGAUGGCGGAGAAAACUCACCUUGCAAUGUAGUAUCUAAACAGCCAGGCCCGGUGACAAAUGGUCAGCCUCAGCAACCAACGACAGGAGCAGCCAGUGGUGGAUACGUUAAACGCAUAACUAAUGAUGCCAGAGAAGAUGAAAUGGAAGAGAACCUGACUCAAGUGGGCAGUAUCCUGGGAAAUCUAAAAGACAUGGCCCUGAACAUAGGCAAUGAGAUUGAUGCUCAAAAUCCACAAAUAAAACGAAUCACAGACAAGGUAAAAGCUUUUUAUUGCCACAAGAAAAUGAGACACCCAGUUCAGCGUUUCAGUAAUAGACAUCUGUGCUAGAUACUGUGGGGGGCAUGGUAGAAUAAGCUCCUGUCCUCAUAGGUCUUAGUUCUGAUGAGGUGGUGGUUCUAACACAUAAAACAAGAGCCAAGUCCUCCCCGUCAUGACAGUUGGUUCAUUUUGAAACCAGAGUUUGGAAUGUAGUAGUUUUACUUAAACCUUCACACAUGAAGCUUAGUAUCUACUUUAGCCUUUGAGUGUGUUUUUUUCUCUCUCAAAUGAGUAAGUUUUAUUUUGUUAGCUAAUUUUUUAAUUGAGAACGGGGUCUUGCUCUGUUGCCUAGGGUAGUGCGGUGGUACAAUCACAGUUCACUGCAGCCUACCUCCUAGGCUAAAGCGUUCCUCCCACAUCAGCCUAUUUUGUUAACUAAAAAUAAAUUAAGUUCCUGAAUCCUCAUCUCAUGAAAGAGUCUGCAGGUGAAAAUCUGUUCUGCAGAAUAGUUCUUAUGGAGUGGACACACGAAAUAGAGUCAUGUGAGUGAAAGAAAGUUGUGAUUCUUUUUUCCCCCUUAACUUUACAUGAUAUAAACAUAGUGAAAGUGAAAUUGUUUUCAGUGUUUCGAUGUGUCACAUGUAAAGUCAUACCUUGGCCAGCUGUGGUAGCUCACGCCUGUAAUCUCAACACUUUGAGAGGCCGAGGCAGGAGGAUUGCUUGAGCUCAGGAGUUUGAGACCAGAGCAAGACCUCGACUCUACUAAAAAAAUUUAAAAAUUGACCAGGCAUGGUGGCAUGUGCCUAUUGUCCCAGUUACUCGGGAGGCUGAGGCAGAAGGAUUGCUUGAGUGUAGGAGUUGAAGGCUGCAGUGAGCUGUGAUUGCACCAUUGCAUUCCAGCCUGGGCAACAGAGUGAGACCCUGUCUCAAAAAGAAAGAAAAAGAAGAAAGUCAUACCUCAUUAAAAUCUCAGUGAACUUUAAAGUUUAGGGUGAGUUUUUAAGCUUGGCUCUCUGUUAAAUGACUUUUGAUGGAUUUAAUUGAAACAGUGGUUCACAAGAUGCUUUAAAUGCUGCAGUCUGGGUUUAGGCUACAUUUACCUGUCAUUUUAAUUCAGAUGUUGGUGAGGAUGGUAAUAGAUUCGUUCCAAAGAUCUUUGGAAAGGUUAUUUCAGUCUCUCCAGGUUAGACUUAGGGUGUCUGAAUCCAGAUGAGAUUCUAUGAUUCAGUUCAGAGGACUCACACAAGGUCCAGAUCAUUAACAGAGAAGAGCACUCUUUCAUAUUUCAUUGCAUCAAAAAAUGCCAUUGAUUACAGGAUGCAUCCCAGUUUCAGGCAUGUUAAACUAUGAAAAAAUGUGUUAUAGAAUUGAUGAAAUAUUGGCAAGGUCUUUUUUUUUUUUUUGAGACGAAAGGAGUCUUGCUCUGUCGCCCAGGCUGGAGUGCAGUGGCGCGACCUCGGCUCACUGCAUGCUCCGCCUCCCGGGUUCACGCCAUUCUCCUGCCUCAGCCUACCCGAGUAGCUGGGACUACAGGCGCCUGCCACCGCGCCCGGCUAAUUUUUUGUAUUUUUAAUAGAGACGGGGUUUCAUCGUGUUAGCUGGGAUGGUCUGGAUCUCCUGACCUCGUGAUCCGCCCAUCUCGGCCUCCCAAAGUGCUGGGAUUACAGGCGUGAGCCACCGCGCCCGGCCGGCAAGGUCUUAUAUGUUACACCUUUGUCAUGUUUAUAUACCAGGGGUUUUCCAAAUGAAUUUCAUAUUCUGUUACUUCUUGCCCAACAUGAGUUUUGUAAUGUAACUGCAUGUGGUUUCUUGGAUUUUCUCAGUGUGUCAGUUACUCCAAGUGUAAAAAGUUUAAUUUUUAUUAGAGUUACUUACCUUGUAAAGCUGAUAUCUUUCUUGUUUUUCAGGCUGACACCAACAAAGAUCGUAUUGAUAUUGCCAAUGCCAGAGCAAAGAAACUCAUUGACAGCUAAAGCUACUGCUGUUCUUCAUCAUUUAUUCACUUCCGUAGCUCCUCCUUAAAGUUAUUACCUUUUCAGAGUUUAAAUUUUCGGUUCCAUGCUCUUCUAAUUGGGAGAUAAUAUGGAAGAAGGGCCAGAGCAGUCACAGCCCUCCUUCUUUUUUGUUUUCUGUUGAGGGCCAACUGCUGCUCCGCCUUCCUUCUAGUAUUUUCUUUCUCAAUUCAUACCCUUAGAUUGGUUUUCAUAUGUCAUGUGUAGAGUUUUCAUCCUCCUCAUAUACUUCAGCAGGUUCUUUUGCUUUCAAGAUUUGGAAGCAUUGCCAAAGACAGCCAUGAAGAAGGAAGCUAUAGAAGUGUUUUUUGUUGUUGUUGUUUAUUUUUGCUUUUGUGGUCAAGGGAGGGACAAGAGAUAAGAGGUUGUUACCUCAGUAAAAACCUUCAGGCCACAAAGCAAAAAGUUGCAUAGCCACAGCGAAGAUCUAGUUGGAUAUAGUUUUUGAUUUAAGUUGCAGUUAUAGCCAAUUUAGGCUAAUGCUUGGUUUUGGAGCUUUUAUACACGACGUUUUUGUUAGGCAUCACAGUUUUGCAACCUCUGCUCCAAAGAGAAAAAUAGAAUGAGUUUUCUUUCUUUCUUUUUUUUUUUUUGGAGUCAGAGUGUCACUCUGUCAUCCAGGCUGGAGUGCAGUGGCGCGAUCUGGGCUCACUGCAACCUCCGCCUCCCUGGUUCAAGCGAUUCUCCUGCCUUGCCUCCUGAAUAGCUGGGAUUACAGGCGUGUGCCACCAUGCUCGGCUAAUUUUUGUAUUUUUAGUAGAGACAGGGUUUCACCAUGUCAGGCUGGUCUUGAACUCCUGACCUCGUGAUCCACCUGCCUUGGCCUCCCAAAGUACUGAGAUUACAGGCGUGAGCCACCGUGCCUGGCCGAGUUUUCUUAAGUGAGCUUAAUUUCUGAACUCUUAGUGAUUCAUAUAUGUACAUAAAUUUGUGAACCCAUUUCUUAUUGCACCAUUCAGGAACACUUUGUAUAAAUGAGUGGUUUUUUAUUUCGUAUUAUUAGUAGUAUCAUGGUUCCAUUACAGGCCUAUUAACCUCAUACAUUGUCAUUAGUCUUUGAAGAAAAAAUAUGUAAAUAUAUAUAUAUGUAACAUGAGAAUUUCUCUCUAAAGCAGGGCUUAAAAUUUUUUGGAAAAGUUUCACAAAGUAUACCACAUGAAUUCAGAUUUACCUCAAUGCUAAGAAUUAUGUUUAGUUAGGAAAAA